CUUUUUGCACUUUAACUGAACAGGUUGCGUUUGUUUGUUUCGGCUUGCAAUUAAUAAAAAUAAUAAUACAUAGACAGAAUGGCCAGCAAACCAGUUCUCUAUUAUAAUUCACGCAGUCCGCCAUGCCGUGGGGUGCUUCUCACAGCCGCUGCUCUGGGACUCGACCUGGAUCUCCGCUCGCUGACCGUUAAGGCUGGUGAGAAUAUGACGCCACAAUUUCUCAAACUAAAUCCACUGCAUACAAUCCCAGUGCUGGAUGACAAUGGCACUGUGGUCAGCGAUUCGCAUGUGAUCUGUUGCUAUCUGGUUGACAAGUAUGCCAAGGACGGUGACGCACUGUAUCCCAAGGAUCCAGCACAACGACGCGAGGUCGAUGCACGUCUCUACUUCGAUUGCGGCCAUCUGUUUCCACGUGUGCGUUUCAUUGUGGAGCCGCUGUUUUACUUUGGCGCCACAGCAAUACCCGAAGAUCGCAUCACAUACAUGCAGAAGGCUUACGAUGGACUGGAGCACUGCCUGGCCACAGCUCCAUAUCUCGCUGGUGCGAACCUAACCAUUGCGGAUCUAUGCAGCGUGUCGUCGGUGUCAACGGCGGCUGCCUUUGCGCCCAUCGAUGCGGAGAAGUAUCCCAAGCUGUCACAAUGGUUGGCCAGAUUGCAGGCGCUGCCCUACUACAAGGCUAACAAUGAAGAGGGCCUUCAGAUACUAAUUAAGUUGGCCAAAAGUGUGCUGGUCGAGCAAUAAGAAAAACAUGGACUGAGUGGCCAAGACAUCAAUCAAUUUGGUCAUAAUACAAUUUAUUUGAUCUACAA